GCGGAGGAAACAAGGAAUAUGGCCAGUGAUCCCAAGGAUUCCAAGGCCGUGGGACUGACCCUAGAGGAAUCUUCGCGGUCAUCUUUCUCGACUAGUGAAGGAUAUGGCUGGCUACAAUCAGCCGAUGCCUCCGCCUUUGAUACCAGUGAAGAUGCACGUUACUAUAAGCCGAUUCCAACAUAUGAAGGAAUUCACCGCUGGGACCCCGAAUUUGAGUGGUCAGAAAAGGAAGAAAAGGACAUCGUGAGAAAGAUUGAUUGGCGGGUCUGCACGUUCGCAUGCAUCACCUUCUUCGCAUUGCAGCUGGAUAGAGGCAAUAUUGUCCAAGCCAAUUCGGAUGAUAUGCUCGAGGACUUGGGGAUGAACACGAACGACUAUGACACGGGACAGACCAUCUUUCUGCUUUGCUUCCUUUUCGCAGAGUUACCGUCGCAGCUCCUAUCGAAAAAGUUCGGACCAGACAGAUGGAUUCCCGUUCAGAUGGUUGUCUGGAGUAUAAUUGCGGCCUGCCAGGCAUUCAUACGCGAUAGAACGGGCUACUAUGCCUGCAGAGCUCUUCUGGGUCUUCUGGAAGGAGGAUUUAUCCCGGAUACGAUCCUUUUCCUGUCUUUCUGGUACAAAUCAAAUGAGCUCCCAGCCCGUCUAGGCUGUUUUUGGGUUGCUUAUGAGGCAACCUCGAUUGUGGGGGCAUUUCUCGCAUUCGGCUUUCUACGCGUCCAAAAUGCCGACGGCCAGGGCGGCUGGCGAUAUCUGUUUGCAUUUGAAGGGCUUAUUACCGGCGUGAUUGGCAUCAUUGCCGCAUUCUGGAUGCCUGCUUCGCCGACCCAAACCAAAGGCGGGUUCCGGGGCAAAGAUGGCUGGUUCAACGAGCGUGAAGAAAAGAUCAUGGUCAACCGCGUCCUACGCGACGACCCAAGUAAAGGAAGUAUGCAUAACCGGCAAGCCGUGACUCCGAAAUUACUAUGGGAAGCUCUCCAAGACUAUGACAUGUGGCCUAUCUACCUUUUGGGGCUGACCUGGUUGAUCCCCUUCACUCCUGCGUCCAACUACAUCACCCUGGAAUUGAAAGACCUGGGCUUCGCUACCUUGACGGUCAAUCUUCUCACCAUCCCGUCCUACGUCAUCUUCAUCCUCAAUCUCCUCCUUUUUACAUGGAUCUCGGAGCGCUUCCACCAGCGAUUCCUGCUGGGAGUCAUCUCCAUGAUCUGGUGUUUGGCACUCCUGAUCGCUCUGGAGGUACUCCCCGACGACGCCAGUGCAUGGACGAGAUGGGCAAUCCUGACACUCUUGAUCGGCAUGCCAUAUAUCCACCCCGUGAUCGUGGCCAUCACGUCUCGCAACGCGGGAUCAGUUCGGACAAGAACCGUUGCCUCUGCGAUGUACAACAUGUGUGUACAAGCAAGUACCAUUGUCUCUAGUAACAUCUACCGAGCGGCUGAUGCACCGUACUAUCGGACUGGAAACAAGGUGCUCAUUGCGAUUGCAGCAUACAGUCUGGUCGUCUUCAUUGGAGCCAAGGUCUACUAUAUGCACAGAAACAAAUCCAAUGCCGCGAAAUGGAACGCAAUGAGCAGCGAAGAGAGGCAAGAGUAUCUCCUUGCCAACCACAACAAAGGAAACAAGAGACUCGACUUUCGAUUUAUCCAUUAGUUGGUAUCACUAGUCCGAAGGUAAUGGGAAGCUGCGAUUCAACAGACAUUUUAUGAGUAAUGAUUGCAUUGUCCUCCAAAGCCUCUUUUCGAGAUAGUCAGGUUUUUAUAUAGACAUGUUCAGAUAUUCCCCAAUACAGUUUAUAUUAUAACUUUACUCCCCAACUAUAUACUCGCAUCCUUCACUGCCUAUCCAUACCCCAUGUAGCUUUCCAGCAGGAACAUCGAUCCGGGCACCUGGCCCAGAUCUCUCUUUCUUCACUUCUCCGUGGUGUAACGAUGUGUUGUCUUCGGGGUACGUGAUGGUAAGAGUC